AUGACACGACGAAAAUGUAAUGGGGCACCCUUCCCCGAGAUCUGGCUGCUGAAUGAUUGCAUUGCUGCGGGACUUCAGUACUACCAUCUCUCAAGGAUACUCUUGAUUGUCCAUGACCCUCGUGUACCUCGUCUCUGCCGAGCACGGAGAGAGGCAUCUCGUUGGAUUGAUGCUCAGGUAAGGAACGAUCUUGAGAUUAUUUGUGGAAUCGCGGAGUCAAUGAGUAAAAUCAACCCGAUGCACAUAACCGCCUGCAUGGCAAUCUCCAUGGUCGGAGAUCGUUGUUCUCAAAGAAGUCAGCAAGGUGCCAUCAUCAAUAUUCUGGACAAAACGACCACAGAAUAUGGGUGGUCUACCGAACUUGCGUAA